GUGUGCUGGUUUUCCAGCAUUCAAUACCGUCCCACCUAACCAGUAAUGGUAGAAACCUCUCCCUGAGAAGCUUUAAUUGAACCCACCUGCAAUUUCAUGCUCUUCUCAUUUUUAUACCCGUGCAUGCUCAACUAUCAUCUCUCAGCCUCCAUCACUACCUCUUAACAUGGCUACUUCCUUUUAUCAUUUCAGUUCUGAUUCAUUGUCCUCUUACUACCAUCUCUUCUUCACACUCGUUGCAUUCUUCAUUUCAUGCCUAAUUUUCUUCCUUUCUCGCAAAUCAAAAUCAAAACGCCUAAACCUCCCUCCAGGGCCCCCUGGUUGGCCUGUUGUUGGUAAUCUUUUUCAGGCUGCUCGCUCUGGCAAGCCCUUCUUUGAGUAUAUUGAGGAUCUUCGCCAAAAAUAUGGACCAAUUUUCACUCUCAGAAUGGGGACUAGAACAAUGAUUAUACUCAGCGACGGGAAGCUCUGCCAUGAAGCGUUUAUCGAAAAGGGUGCUCUGUUCGCCAGCAGACCACGAGAAAAUCCCACUCGAAACAUCUUUAGCUGCAACAAAUUCACCGUAAAUGCAGCGGUUUACGGGCCUGUGUGGAGGUCUCUGAGGCGAAACAUGGUUCAGAAUAUGCUAAGUUCAAGUAGGCUUAAAGAGUUUCGUAGUACAAGAGAGCAUGCAAUGGAUAAACUCAUCGAUCGUCUUCGAGCAGAAGCUGAGGCUAAUAACGGCGUUGUUUCGGUGCUGAAAAAUGGUCGUUUCGCUGUGUUUUGUAUACUCUUAGGCAUGUGCUUUGGGUUUGAAAUGGAUGAUGAAACUGUUGAGAAAAUGGAUCAGGUAAUGAAAAGUGUUUUAAUUACACUUGAUCCAAGGAUUGAUGAUUAUCUUCCCAUUUUAAACCCCUUUUUCUCCAAGCAACGCAAGAGAGCACUCCAAGUUCGUAAUGAGCAAGUGGAAUAUAUUGUCCCAUUCAUCGAAAAGCGUCGAGAAGCUCUUCUAAAUCCAGGUUCGGAUAAAUACGCCAUGUCGUUUUCGUACCUGGACACCCUUUUUGAUCUCAAUGUAGAAGGAAGAAAAUCAUCACCAUCCAAUGCAGAGCUGGUCUCACUCUGCUCUGAGUUCCUCAAUGGUGGGACCGAUACCACUGCAACUGCAAUUGAAUGGGGUAUCGCACAGCUGAUUGAGAACCCGGAUAUUCAAUCUAAGCUGUACGAUGAAAUUAAACGGACGGUUGGGGAGCGAAAAGUAGACGAGAGAGACGUAGAGAAACUGAAGUAUUUACAGGCAACAGUUAAAGAAGUGUUACGAAGGCACCCACCAACAUAUUUUUCACUAACUCAUGCAGCUACUGAGCCAGCGACCUUGGGGGGAUUCGACAUCCCAACCGAUGCAAAUGUAGAGAUUUUCCUGCCAGGGAUUGGUGGGGAUCAAAAAAUGUGGUCGAACCCUGAAAAAUUUGACCCGGAUAGGUUCUAUUCAGGGAAAGAGGAUGCCGAUAUAACAGGCGUAACAGGGGUGAAAAUGAUGCCAUUUGGAGUUGGGAGGAGGAUUUGCCCUGGAUUGGGGAUGGCCACAGUUCAUGUUCACCUAAUGUUAGCAAGAAUGGUUCAGGAAUUUGAAUGGACUGCCUAUCCAACUAAUAGCAAGAUUGAUUUUAGUGGGAAAUUAGAGUUUACUGUAGUCAUGAAGAAUACCUUAAAAGCAAUAAUCAAGCCACGCUAACGUUAUAAAAUGCGUGAU